AUGAUGAAGAAGAAGAAGUUUAAGUUUAAGGUGGACUUCGAGCUCGAGGAGCUCUCCUCGGUCCCCUUCGUCAACGGGGUCCUCUUCUGCAAGAUGCGGCUGCUGGACGGCGGCAGCUUCACCGCCGAGUCCUCCAGGGAGGUGGUGCAAGCAAAUUGUGUUCACUGGAGAAAGAAGUUCUCGUUUAUGUGCAAAAUGAGUGCCAGCGCCUCCACCGGCAUCCUGGAUCCUUGUAUCUACAGAGUGUCUGUACGGAAGGAAUUAAAAGGUGGGAAAGCUUACGCAAAGCUGGGCUUUGCAGAUCUAAACCUGGCAGAGUUCGCUGGAUCAGGAAAUACCACCCGCCGCUGUUUACUGGAAGGCUAUGAUACCAAAAAUACAAGACAGGACAAUUCCAUCCUUAAAGUUUUGAUCAGUAUGCAGCUGAUGUCCGGUGACCCAUGUUUUAAAACGCCUCCUUCCACAUCCAUGUCAAUACCAAUCGCUGGGGAGUCAGAGUCUCUGGAAGAGGAUAGGAAAGGUGGCGAGACCCUCAAGGUGCAUCUUGGAAUAGCAGAUCUUUCAGCAAAGAGUGCCUCUGUUCCAGAUGAACUUGGUGCCUGGGGACACUCUAGAACAUCAAGCUAUGCAAGCCAACAGUCCAAAGUGUCAGGAUAUAGCACAUGUCACUCCCGGUCAUCCAGUUUCUCCGAGUUCUGCCACAGGAGAAAUACCUCAGUGGGAAGCACCUCAACAGGGAUUGAAAGCAUUCUUGAGCCAUGCGACGAAACUGAGCAAAUCACAACUGACCCAAAUCCAGACCCUGCGGCCGCCGUUAAGGAAGAAGAAGCUUCUGAAAAACUCGCCAGAUGCCCAGUGAAGCAGGAUUCUGUUGAGUCUCAGCUGAAGCGGGUUGACGACACCAGAGUGGAUGCUGAUGACAUUGUGGAGAAAAUCCUACAGAGUCAGGACUUCAGCCUGGACUCCAGUGCAGAAGAAGAAGGGCUGAGGUUAUUCGUGGGACCUGGGGGAAGUACAACCUUUGGCAGCCACCACCUUCCAAACAGGGUCGGAUCUGGAGCCUAUGAACAGGUUGUGAUCAAACGCUAAAGUGAAACUGGCAGGUGGAAGCUUCCCUGUGUGGACAACAGGUGUUUCAAGGUGUGUUAGUCAAGCAUGCAAGAAAAACUAGGAGCCUGUUUUCAAAGUGGAGUUCAUCUGUGAAGAGGCAAGCAGAACUGAUUCCUUCUUAAAGCAUCCCUCACCGUCCUUUCCCACCUACUCACCCACUGUGGGGAGCAUGUGAACGGAUGGGGGUGGGGAGCAGGGUUGGGGCAGUGAAGGCCUGGCCUGCAUCAGCACCCAGAAUGAAAGGUCUGCUUGUGCUUCUGAAAAACCCACACUGGACACAUCUGAGGGUGAUUUUAAUAUUCCAGCAUAAAUAUCAAAGUUGGGGGUGCUCAACAGGUCUGGGCUCUGUUUUUAAAUUUUAUGUUUAACAGACAGUACUUGAGGUCAGUUUAAACCCUAUAAAGUCUAUCAAGAUAGUUGUAAUUCCUAUGAAGUAAAUCUUCCAUGUCCUGUUACCUACAGCAUUGUACUAAGUGUAUUAACUCCUUUUAUGCAGAAAUUGGCAGAAAGAGCGGGUGUAUGCUUUGGGGAAGUAUUAUGCUAUAACUUAAACAUUUUAAAUACUUUAUAAUUCUGAACAUUUCAGACUUAAAUCAAAUGGCAAAUGUGUCCAAGUCUGCGACAGGUGGACGGAAGGAAUGCCAUGAUGGCACAGCAUCUAUUAUUCCUGUCGCUAAUAUUAGGUGAGCUGCAAAAGCCCCAGUGCCACAGUGUAAGAGUCACAGUGAACGUGAUAGUCAGUACAUUAGGCUACCAUAGGCAAGCUACAAGGAAAGCUGUUUCAUAAUCCAUUCAGUACUAAGAUGCGCUGGUCUGGCGGUCAGAACAGACUCGAAACUGUCAGAUGGUCAGAAAGAUAGCAUUCUUCUUAAGGAAGCCAGAUCUCUGGGAACAGACACUUACCAUGCUGUGCUAAUGGACAGACGUCUGAGCAGCUGAGUGGCGUCCAUUUCACUGACGCCAUGGGACUGGCGCUUUCCUAUUUCAGCCUCUUUGACCCGAGGCUGUUUCUUUACUGUGUCAGAAUUUAGCUUUUUGAAGCCAGAGUAGACUAUAGCAUACCUCUAAUACAGCUUUUAGGGUCCAAAUAUCUAGUCUGGAUCCAUGUUAACAGCACAGCGCACAAUCUGUAGUUUUUCUGGUCUUACUUGACAGUACCCAUGUAGAAAGAGCUACACUUCCCUUUGCUGAAAAAAAGCAUAGGUCAUACAGAGCCAUCAGUGCCCGAGUCCUCUUCACAAUCAUGUCUGAGAAGACGGUAGGUCAGAACAGAAUUACUCUGGCCGAGGUACUCUUAUAUUGACAAAAUAAUUGUUGCAAUGUUCAAAUAUCCAGAUUGGGAAGUUUGGAAAAAUUAGAAUUGUUUGUGUUAGAAUUUUUAUUUGACUAUCCCAAGAAUGAGGUAGUCUACAUUAAUCCAAACUAUUUUUACAAAUAGAUUCUGAUUUAAAAAAAAAAAUAACACCCUAUUUUGGAAUAUUUUGAAUACUAAAAGAAAGGAUUAUCUGUGUCAGGUUAAGACACACUUAGAGGGCAGGACACUGACCUAACAUCUUGAGCCAGGUUAUCCAAAUAAGUGAGGACAUGCUGUCUGUUUCCAGGUGAGCAGAUCCAUUGUAUGUUACAACAAAAUCAAAGUAAGUUUUAACUAGACUUAACGAAGACAUUAUUUAGAGAGGUUUAGUCUGACAAUUUUAAAAGCAUAUUUUUCUAUUUUAAAAAUAUAAUUUCUAGGCUAUAUUUUUAUUGGCGCUUCUGCAAAUGACUUUGGAUUCUAAAGACAUAACAACACUAGCUUGUGAGCAUGGUUCAGUGAGGCCGCUCAUCAGACACAUGAAGGUGCUGUAGUAGGGACGGAGCUUAGCCUUUGCCUGGCUGCCCUGGCCCUAUACCUUACCACAGGAUUAGGUCUUGGCAUUUUAAAUGGUACAGAAACUUUUUUUUUAGAACAGUAUAAUGUGUGGGUCUGGGGAAUAUAGCUCAGGUGGUAGAAUGUUUGCCUAGACUACACAAAGUCCUGGGUUUAAUCCCCACCCAGUACAUAAACUGGGCAUGGUGGUAUAUGCCUAUAAUCCCAGCACUUGGAAGGUAUAGGCAGGAGGAUCAGAUGUUUAGGGGCAUUCUUGGCUCCAUAGGGAGUUGGGGGCCUAUGUAGGCAGUGUGAUACUCUAUCUCUCAAAGGAAAAACAAUAAUGUGAAGACAUUUUGAAAAGUGUAAAAAUGAUGCCUUUUCAUUUUAGCAGCUACUAAUUUUGAUUUAUAUAUUCUUAAGUAUUAUAAAAAUUCACUUAAAAAGUAGAAACAUGGAGUUGGAAGGGGAAAGAAUAGCUAUGACUCUCGAGUCAGCUGAAGUCUGGAUUCCCCCUCCUCUCGUGUCUGAGAGUAUAUUCUGCAUUCAUAUUUCAGUACAGUCCUAUUGGAAUGUGAAGGGCUGUUGGAGUGUCUGCAUUUCUAUUCUUUCUGCACAGCAGAUACUGCCAGGCUUUCAGCCACAAGACUAUUUUGAAAGCUGUUUGCUAAGUACCAAGUCUACUUUUAACUCUGCUUUGAGUUUAGAAAGCAAUAGACUUGCAAAAUAUAGGCUCUUAACAAAAUAUUUUUUUAAUAUUAGUUCAAAUUUUAAACAGUCCAAUCUUGGAGAAAUUUUUAGCUGUGAGUUGUUUUCUACAUCUGUCCUAAAGAAAAGACAGACAGCACCCUUUAAAGCUAGUAUUUGUGAUGAGACAGAAGGAAUACCUUGUUCAGAAGAAUGCACAGGCCAGUUCAGGAGAGCUUCUCCUGCCACAGGCUGGUGACAAGACUGUACAGGAUGUGACAUAUAGAAAAGAAGGCCCUGAGUCAUUAGAAUACACCUGAAUGUUGGGCUCUGUUUUUCGGCAGUGUUAAAAGGCAUCUGUAUACAAACAACUAAUGUAUAUUAACACUUUUGAUAUUAAGGUCUUGACCAACAACCCCAAACUCUACCAUCUCAUUCCAGCAUAAAACCAUGUGAAUAAUAUCCAAGCUAGAUUCUUCUGUAUAUGUUUUUGUUUUUUUAGUUUGUUUUUGUUCUUUUAUGUACAAAACUGUGAGUCACAGAGGCAGACCGACCACUUAACCCCCUUUUUACUAGAAGGAAAAAAAAUCUUCAACUAAUUUCCAUUCAAAACAUACUCAAAUUCAGACUCACACCUGUAAUCCCAAUACUUGGGAGGCUGAGGCAGGAGGAUCUAGGAGGCUAGCCUGGGAUACACGGUCUCCUUGAGUUCAAGGACAGUCUGGAUCCCAUGGUAAUCUUGAACCCAAAAUGAGACUUUUAAAUCAGGCAGCACCAAGUUUUGGUAAGUCAAAGCAUCCAGAAGCAAUUCCAGAUUCUCAGAUUUCCAUGUUAAAUAAACCACUCUUGAAGCAUAAGCUGACAGUAUCAUUAAAUACUUAACCAAAACAUUUCUGAGGCUUCCGUGUUUAUAUCAAAUCUCUGAGAGACACAGUGAGCUCAUAUGACGAGAUUGUACUAUUUUCUUCACAAGUCUUUCAUGUGGACAUUUCAGAAAUUCAGUUCUCUUAGAUGGUACGCCUUGUGAGUAUGAUCAAGUAGGGUAGCUGUUAGGCCACUGUGCAUCUGGCUUCGUUAGGUACUGAGCAUAAUGUUAGUAGUCAAGCUGUGCGGAUGAAAUGUUCCUGUAGUAAGCCUAAGUUAAGACCGCUCUGGAAAUAAGGCCUUAUUCCCUUCUCCAUGGGGUUUUUAUCAGAAAAUGUAUAAAUGGUAAUAUGGGUCGUCUCCCCGUUAUAACAAAGAUGACAAGAAUUUUGAUUUAUAAUGUGUUCUGUAUUUUGAAAUGAGUAUGUUUACCUUAUAUAAUUCUUUCACUACUAUUCAUUGGCCAAAUUCAGUGCAAGGAAAGACAGACUAUAGAAGACUUUAACUUUGGCAAUAUGUCUUGAGGAUUACCUUUCUCCGUGUUAGUUCAGUCCUUUAGAGGUUAAUACAGUGUUUAUGAAAAAAUGUUACUGGUAGCUGAAGAACAGCUCAGUGGUAAGGAACCUUCCAGCAUGUGCAAGACUCUGGGGUUGGUCCUUAGCGCUGAAAAAAGAAAAUGAAGUGACUCCAUCGGAAUUCUGUUCUAAUCCUUGGAGAAUGACCUUCAUAUUUAUACAUGUCUAAUGUCUUAACCAGUGAUAAAAUCCAGGAAAUGUUUUUUAACAAAAUAAAAUUUUGUUUGUAAACUGUUUAUAAUAUAAAAGUGGAUCUUAUACAUGUUCAAUAAAAAGCAGUAUCUCAAAAGUUUA